AUGUCGGACCAAUUCUUCUACAUGUCGGACCCAAAAAUGAUGCAGAAGGUGCCCAGGCCGGUCAAGACCUACCACACACAAACAUACGACCGAAUCACAACCCAGCAUGGCUUUGAAGGCCAGGGCAAGACGGUCCUCAUCACAGGUGGAGCCACGGGAAUUGGCUACGCCAUGUCCACAGCCUUCAUCAAAGCCGGAAUCCAACGUCUCGUAAUCAUAGCCCGUUCCCCAGAACCCCUUCAGAAAGCCAAAACGGAGCUCGAGACAAAAUACCCCAACACGGAAGUCCUCACCUAUUCCGCCUCCAUCAAUGACCAUGUUCGGAUGAAGGAGAUUUUGGCAGAAGUCCAGUCUAUUGAUGUGAUGAUUUUGAACGCCGCGGCUUUUCAACCUAAUGUUCCUCCUACUGAGCUGGAUACUGAGUUCCUCUCCAACAGCUUCGAAACAAACGUCAUGGCUCCAUUCGAACUCAUCAGAGAAUUCCUCAAAUUACCCACCACUUCUACCACCCCGAGAAUCGUGCUCAAUGUCUCCACAGCUGGAGCUGUAUUGACCGUUCCUGGAACUUCAGUCUACGGCGCAAGCAAACAAUCACUAUCUUUCCUCCUACAGCAUUUUGCAGUAGCGCAGGAAAUGACGAAGGCUACUACGGAACAGGAGGAGCAAAAAGUCCGAUUUGUGAAUUUUCACCCGGGAGUUAUUCCUAGUGACACGGCUGCGAGUAUCAUUCCCAAGGGAUUGAUCGAAUGGGAGGAUAUUCAACUUCCUGCGGAUUUCAGUGUUUGGCUUGCGGGACCUCAGAGUGGAUUUUUGCAGGGGAGAUUCGUUUGGGCACAAUGGGAUGUUGACGAGUUGAUCGCUUUGAAGGAACGGGUUGUGAAGGAUCCGAGUUUCCUUACUAUUGGGCUUGUGCAGUAG